CCUCGUUCUUUUUAACCAGCUAAGUGAAGCUGCAAUCGCAAGCUACCCUCUGUCUUCAUUCUCUCUCACAUCCUUUCACUGUAAAUAAGCUGUUCACGAUGUUUCCCCAAUCUCUAUCGCAAGCUGCCAUCAUGGCUACUCUUUGUUUCGCAGGCCUGGCGUCUGCCGUGAGAGAAUCUGGCGAUCCCAGUCCUGCUAUCAUCUCAGUGUCGACCUCGACCACGACCUUAAGGGCGGACGAAACCCAGACCGGUAACCCUGACGACAAGGUCAUGGUACCUUGCGCUGGCCAUAUCACACAGUGUGGUGUUGAAGACAAAGCCAAAAUUAUUUACGUACCGAAAUCAACCAGAACCAUCACCAACAAGAUUGUCACAACCUCGGUCGUGGUGCUUCCAACGUCAACAAGGGUCAUUGAGAGCGUUACAGUUUCAACCGUCACCAACACAACUAAGGGCCACUGUCGUGAGACUCACUAUCUUCCCGGUGAACCCGUUGAAGUCACAGUCGAUGUCCUAAUUGUGACUACCGAGGAAAUCCAACCCAUCUCAAACACUACCACGUGGAUCACCAGUGUGGUUACCGCCAGUGCCAUCGAGCAAUGUUUUCUUGAGAGAUACACUAUCCUCGGACGGGGUCCGGGAAGCCAGGGCAGCCCAGGUGCUUCAGCAGCAGCUGAGGCGGCAUCUGCCCGCUCAUCCGACAGUGUCAGCCCGGCCGCAUCUACACCCGCAGCAUCAGAUGAAAGCCACUCAGACGAUGAUUCUGCCCAGCAGCGUUUGGGCACGGUUGAUGAUCUACCCGAGGUUAUCGGGACAUGGGGUUCGAUACUGUUUGACAAGGAGUCGGAGCUUGAUUUCAAGCCUUUUGUGUCAAUUGUUCUUAGUGAUGUCAAAGUACCCCCUAAAGUGUUUAUGAGGAUGAUCGCGUUUGUGGAUGCACUCAAUAGCCAGCUCGGUGCUUCUCUGAAGGCCUGGAUUAUGAGUAUACUAGUGGUUUGCAAUGAUGCACUGUGCGCUUGUUCUUUUAACACGAAUGGGCCUCAUAUUUCUCUUUACCUCCUUUUCCCAUGUCGCACGCGUCCCAACCAGAACGGUCAGCCUAUCUGUGGCAGCCUCCCAGAAAACCCCUACGGAGACUACAAGAUCCAGGCCACGUUGGGCAAAUACGUCGCGUCCGCAGCCAACGGCGACCACCUCUCUGCGUCAGGCACCCCGGCCAAUGACACUGAUGCCUUCUCUAGUGCAUAUGUACCUAACGCUGGGACCCUGCAGCUCGCCAGGAGCAACCAAUACGUGAAGGCGGAUCAGUCCGGCGCCUCUGCGCCCUCUGCAACUCGUGCAACGGCUAGUACCUGGGAGCGGUUCAUCACUCGUCAGAAAAUUGGUGAGAGCCAGGGUGUUUAUUCUAUCAAAGCGGCUAGUAAUGGGAAGUAUGUGAGAGUUGGCGGUGAUGGGGCGCUGGUCAAUGUUGGUGCGGUUGAGAACGACGCCGCUGGGUUCCGUUUUGUCAAAGCCUGA